CUCCUCCUUCACAGUCUGUUGACUCCAGUUUGGGAGGCCUGUCCAGAUCCAGCACCGUCGCCAGCCUCGAUACCGACUCCAACAAGAGUUCAGGAAACAACACGUCUGAAACAUGCGCCGAGUUCCGUGUGAAAUAUGUUGGAUCCAUCCAGAACCUGCAGUUUGAGAUGAGCAGAACCCUCCAGGAACCGUUGGAGCUCAUCAGCUACAUCGAUGCUGCUCAGCAAGAUGGAAAACUGCCCUUUGUUCCUGGAGACGAGGAGAUGGUCCUGGGAGUGUCCAAGUACGGGGUCAAAGUGGCUUCAGUGGACCAGAGUGACGUCCUGCAUCGACACCCUCUCUACCUGAUCGUACGCAUGCUGUGUUACGACGACGGCCUGGGGGCGGGGAAGAACCUGCUGGCUCUGAAAACCACCGACACCAAACAAGAGGAGUGCAGCAUCUGGGUGUACCAGUGCAGCAGCUCGGAGCAGGCCCAGUCCAUCUGCAAGGUCCUGUCGGCGUCAUUCGACUGCGCCCUGUCGUCAAACAAACCCUGAGUCCGUGCCGCCUCGCCUUCCCCCUCUGAUGCAUUAGAGGAAGAUCCACGGCGUCCAGCCUGGUGCAUCACCAAUCAGUGUUCUAACCAAUCAGUAGGCAGCGCAUCGCCUCCGAAGGCGGAGCUACUGUGAGGUUUUUCUUUUUAUUUCCCAUUAAAUGUAUUUAUUUUAUCUUUUAAUUUCAAAACAAACACCAAAAAGAAUUGGAAGCAGGCAGAUUGUAGCAUUUCUAAAAGAUGAAUGAACCCUUUUGUUUAAUUUAAAUGAAUUUACUAAAAGGUACAAAAAGCUCCAGCCCAUCUGUACGUCUUUAACUAACGGUGACGUAGGCAUUAAUGGGCGCCGGCACCAAACGGUACUACGACGUGUUUUACUGAGAUCACGACAGUAUUGGUACAGGAAGUCACUUUGCUCUGUUUUUAAUUCAGCCGUUAUGUAGGGAAACUUUUUGGUACCAAAUCUUUAGUUUUUGUUUUGUUGCAGUGAUUAUAUGUGGAAAUAUUCUGACUGGUUUUGAUUGAUGUUUACGGUUUCAAACCUCAUGUUGUACAAUAAACCGGAAUCCUCUUUGCUUCUGUUCCAAAUGUGAGAAAAACAAUAAAUCAUUUGAUGUGA